AUGCAUUUCUCUGCCAGUACCUAUCUUGCUAUUCUUUCGGUGGCUCUAGCCCCUGUCUCAGCAUGGGAAGCGACCUUUCACACUGAUUCCAUCUGUUCUCCGAAGGACAAUUCACAAUAUCGAAUCAUCUCCAGCGGAGUCGAUGGCGCAUGCAAUGUUUUCGGCAAGGACAUGCCAGGCACUUCCUGCGCCAAAUACACAAACGGAGGCGUGAACAAAGGAGCCUGUGAUGGCGAGGAAUUUACCAUUUGGUCUAUCCUCGUUCAGCCAGACACAGCUUGUAUAGUCUAUGGCGACGAUCACUGCGAAACCUUUAGCAGACUGGUCUACCCAAAAGACAACCAGCCCACUUGCGAUACCUAUGUCGCAGGGAUUGGUUUCGGUCUAGAAAGCAUCAAAUCCUUCGCAUGUACUGCUGCUUCAAACCUCGCUGGCUCAGGAAUCCCUGGCACUGGCUAA